CAAUUAGACACAGAUUUCAUUGAAGAAGAUGUCAAUUAUUCCGACUUUUCUGAGAAGUGAUACAAACCUAAUGCCAGUGAAUGACUCGGAACAGCAAUUCUUCGCCAAAAUCAAGUCUUACCUGAAUUUAGUCAAGUUUUAUGAAGACGUGAGGGUUCAAGAAUUGGUCAGAGAUGUGGUUCCCUGGAAACAGUUGACCAUCAAUGCCAUCAACAAAAUGAUUCAAUUAAAACAAUCUAUUAAUUGUGAUGACAAAGACAUUGGAACUGAUAGUAAAGAUCUACUUCUUAUAGAUUUAAUUCAUUGGUUUAAGAAUGAGUUCUUUGAAUGGUUUGAUUCAGCGGUUUGUGAUAAAUGCAAUAAAACAAUGACUUCUUCAUCAAUCACACCAAAUACUGAAGAAUUGUUUUGGAAUGCUAUGACUGUCGAGUUAUACAACUGUUCCGAUUGUGGACAGACAUACCGUUUUCCGCGCUAUAAUAAUCCCGAGAAAUUGUUGAUCACCCGAAAGGGACGUUGCGGUGAAUGGGCCAACUGUUUCACAUUAAUAUGUCGGGCACUCAACUAUGAGGCACGUCUUGUAGUGGACUGGACUGAUCACGUGUGGACUGAAGUGUACAGCAAUGCACAGAAACGAUGGCUUCAUUGUGAUCCUUGUGAAGACAUAUGCGAUUCACCGCUUGUUUAUGAGUGCGGUUGGAAAAAGACGCUAACUUUUUGUAUUGCUUUUGCUUAUAAUGAGGUCCAAGACGUGUCGUGGAGAUACAGCAACGACCACUCGGCUAUUAGACUUAGAAGAGCUCUCUCAUGUCGUGAGGAAUGGCUAUCUAAUGUACUCAAUAAAGUCACUAAUAAUUUACAACUCGGACUCACAUCACCACAAAGAGAACAAUUAAAAUUAAGACGACUUCUAGAGUUUGUUGAGUUUCUUAGAGUUCCCAAUCAACAAAACAAUGUCAAUCAAACAGAAGCAAAAGGAAGACAAUCGGGUUCACAGGCCUGGCGUUUGGCGCGACAAGAGAUAACUGAACAACAGUUAAGCGACCAUUUUGUGUUUGAAUUGACUGAUCCAUCCAUUAAUCCAACGCUAAUAACAUAUAACUGUUCUGCAGAUGAAUACAAAUUUAACGCAAAGAUAGUUAAGUCGUGGAAAAAGUGUGUCUUUGAUUGUGAAAAUAUUAUGAGAAAAGUGGAAAAAGAUUGGAAAAUGUGUUAUUUGUCACGUAUUGAGACAAAUGAUUGGUCACCGAGUGAUAACAAAGUCGGUAAAAUCAGUUGGAAAUUGCGUUUCAAUGAUGAUUUCGAUUGGUCUGAAAUGCGGAUCACUUUCAGAUGCAAAGUCUUUGAAAACGGAAGAAUUCUGUUGUUUUUAUAUUCAAAAACAAAGGACACAUUCAUUGAGAUUACGGCAAACAAUGAAAAUAUUGUUAAGAAAAGUGAAUUACCAUUUGCUGUGAUAGAGAAUGAACUCAUUUUGGAGACUAUUCUCGAGGGAGGCGUCGGUAAAAAUGGUUGGCAACACUCGCAACUGUUCCGACAGUCACUGACUAAUGAAUUCUUCUAA